GAGAGCCCCUCUUUCUGAUGAGGAGUCUAAAACGAGCAGCUCCCAGCACUUGGGGUCUCAGGAGUUUUGCGUCAGCAGCAGCCUUUCCGAGGUGGAGCUCACAGCGGUCAGCGGUGGUGGCAGCAGUGCCCAGGGGCUGGAUGCUGAUGGCAAGGUGGAGGAAAAGCUUGGGCCCAAACUGGAAGAGCAGCCGCCUGAUCCCGACCCAAACCCGGAGUGUGCGGGAAAGACUGUGAGAGAUGACGCCCUGGGCCCUCUGGCAAGCCAGGGGGAUGGCAGAGGGCAGGAGCCCGCAACCCCCAGGGGUGUCGAGCAGGAGAGCAGCGGUGCUGAUGCUGCCUGGACACCCGCAGACCCUCGCAGCGACAAGCAGGCUGAUGCUCCUCCAGCCUGCUCCGUGGCUCCAGAGAGCGAGCCUGCUGGGAAGGAGAAAACCAGCCCAAGCGCUGGAGCGCCAGGGCCAGGCGUGCUGGCGGAAGGGACGUUGUCUGUGGUUGUCUCCAGCUGCAACACCUCUGCCUCCACUCCCGCUACUUUUACCUUGAACAGGGUGUGCUUUACCACGUCUCAGGCCCCUGCUAUGCAAAAACUGCCCCUGUCCUUUCAGGCUGGGGCAGUUCUGAGCCCGAGCCAGUCGCUGGUGUACAUCCCACCGAGCUGCGGGCAGCCGCUCAGCGUGGCCACGCUUCCAGCCACCUUGGGGGUCUCCUCCACGCUCACCCUCCCCGUCCUGCCUUCCUACCUGCACGAGCGCUGCCUGCCGGGCAUCAUCGCUUCCCCGGAGUUGCGCUCCUACCCCUACACCUUCUCCGUCACCAGACCCUUGGCUUCGGAUGCCAAAGUGGUGUCUGUGGAGGUGAAUCAGCUCAGCUGCCCCUCGCCCUCCGCUGGAAGCGGUGCCCAGGCUGCUGCCGAGGGCGCUCCCCCGUCCACCUCGGGCCCUUCCCUCUCCUCCAGCCAGGCUCCGCCGGCGGCAGCAGCAUCGUGCGGGAGCGCUGCUCCCUCUUCUGGCACCGGUGCGCACGCCAGAGCCCCGGAGCCGCACGCCCCGGGGGCUGCCACUUCGCUCUCUCCUCUGAAGUCCCCUCCGCAGCUGGAGCGUGAGAUGGUCUCCUCUCCCGAGUGCAGCGAGAUGCCCCUCGACCUCUCCUCCAAGUCCAACCGUCAGAAACUGCCUCCGCCCAGCCAACGCAAAACCCCUCCGAUGCCCAUCCUCACGCCCGUGCACACCAGCGGCAAAGCCCUUCUCACCACGGUCCUGUCCAAGUCCCAGCGCGCGGCCCAGGCCGCGGGCAGCAGCGUCACCUCGUGUCUCGGCACCACCUCUCCCUUGGUCAUCUUCCCCGAGUUCCUGCGCAACGGCGAGCAGGGCUCCUGGGUGAAGAACACCACGCUCAUCAGCACCAUCCCGGGCACCUACGUCGGCGUCGCCAACCCGGUGCCCGCCUCGCUGCUGCUCAGCAAGGACCCCGGCGUGAGCUUCAGCAGGGACCCGCGCCACCUCCCCAAGCAGGAGCCUAUUUCCAUCAUCGAUCAGGGAGAGCCUCGCGGCGCCGGCGUACCCUGUGGGAAGAAAGCCAACCAGGUCGGCGCAGAAGGACAGCAGGAUCCUGCCAGGAGACUUCUUCACGGCAGAGUUGCUCCCGGAGCUCCUUUGUGUCAGUCCAAGGACAUCUCCACCUGGAAUCCCGGCCAGGGAAGCGUGUACCCACGAUGCCCCGUGAAUGGAAAACCUUCCAACCCUCAGCUUCUGCCUCUCGGCUGGUCUCCUUACCAUCAAACCCCGCUGCUUUCAAUCGGCAUCUCCGCAGCGGGACAGCUGCCCCCGAACCAGAACACUGCAGCCAAGAGCAAGAGCUGCCGGGCCUUGCCCAAGCUCUACGAGGAGCCGAGCAAUCCAGUCCCCUUGGAUGCGGGCCCAUCUCUUCAGGCCAGUGCUUUGGAUGGGAAAGGGGGCAAGGGGAAGCUGGACAACCCUCAGAAGAGUCAAGAGUGUGAUGAACCAGGGGCUGACUCCAGCAAGGAGGGCAACGUACAGACUGAGGCUCCCCAGGGGAGCUGCGGCCUCAAGCAGGCGGACGCAAAGCCUAAAAACCAAGUGUUGGCGGCGUAUUUGUCGCACGACCUGCCCGCGGCCGGGCAGCAGAACCCGCGGAUGAUUUCGGAGGGGCCCGCCGGGCCCGCGGAGCGCCAAUGCAAGGAGCCGGGCUGCGAAGGCUCCCAGGAGGCGCCGGCCGCUGAGUCCCUCCCGUGCGUGCGUCAGGUGGAUCUGUGCAGGGUCAAGAAGGAGCGAGUGGAGUGCGACGUGUCGUUUCCUUCCGUGACCUGCCUGCGAGCUGGGGCGGCCCCCCAGGCCUUUGCCGAGGCCAAGCUCAAAGGAGGGGGCCAGGUCAAGCAAGAGGGCGGCGCGCGCUGCAAGGCCAAGCGGCAGCACGACGGGGACGCCAGGCAGACCCACAAGAGACUCAAGUGCCAAGCCCAGGGCGGCGAGGAGUCCCCGAGCAAAUCGGGGAGCCGGAGCGUGCACGGCCGGAAGUGGCGAAAACACCACGACAACCCGCAUGAGCUCGGCAAGCGAGAAGGCCGAACCGGCCUGGGGUCGGCGAAGGAUCACAACAGCCUCAGGGUAAAACGUAAGCGCAGGAGGCCGGCGAAGACGGAGCUCCCACCCCCGGCGCACCGCGGGGACGGCCACGAGGAAGGUUACCUGGAGAAGAAACCCAAGAACAACUUUCGGGACUUCAUUCCGGUGGUGCUGAGCAGCCGGACGCGCAGUCAGUCGGGAAGCGUCGCUGGCUCUUCUGCCGGUGUGACGGGAGAGUGUGAUGUGAGCGGUCAGGAGAUUUUACCGUUGCUGGAGGAGGAUCAGGAGGAAGAGGAGGAGGAAGAGGAGGAGGAGACAUCCUCGAAACGUCGCAAGCUGCGAAAAUCCCACAGGACAUCACGCUACCACAGUCGCAGGGCCAGGGACAGGUCCCUGUCCGAGAGGAGCAGCUGUUACACGAGGAGGACCCGGGAGCUGCCCUGGAGAGUGGAAUCACCCAGGCAGCUGUGGGAGCCCAACGAGGAGGAAGAAGAUGACAGCCACAUCAAAAGGAAGAAAAGGAGACGACAGAAAAGUCGGAAAUACCAGACAGGGGAAUAUUUGACUGAGCGAGAGGAGGAGCGAGUGGGCUACCCCCACAGGCGGCGAAAAUCCAAAGCAGAUUUUAGGUACCGGAAGCAGAAGGAGUCUGUGAAGGGUAAAGGCACAGAGCUACGGCUGAGGAGCAGGCUUUCCCCAUCCCCCCGAAAAUCUCAAGGACGCCCAGACUUUCGGAAUGGCUUCUUCCUGGAGCACUCCGACAGCUCUCCUGUCCAAGAAGAGCUGGAGAAACCAUCAGGAAAACGCAAAUGUAAAACCAAACACCUGGCAGGGAUCUGUGACGAGGGGAAGGACGUGGUGCUCUACUGCCUGCAGAAGAAGAGCAGCGACGUGAACCAUCGAGACAACGCCGGCUACACGGCUCUGCACGAAGCCUGCGCGCGGGGCUGGAUCGACAUCCUCCACAUCCUGCUGGAGCACGGCGCCAACGUGAACUGCAGCGCGCAGGACGGCACGAGGCCGGUCCACGACGCAGUAGCAAAUGACAACCUGGAAACCAUGUGGCUUCUACUCUCCUAUGGUGCUGAUCCCACUCUGGCCACUUACUCUGGGCAGACAGCCGUGAAGCUCGCCACCAGCGAAGUGAUGAAGCGCUUCCUCUGCGAUUACCUUUCGGAUCUCCAGGGGCGCUCGGAUGGAGACCCUCGAACAGCGUGGGACUUCUACAGCAGCUCCGUCCUGGGGCCCGUGAAGGAGGCUGUUCUGGGUCUAGCCCCGGGCCUGCGGCAGGCUGCAGAGUCCCUUCCGACCGCUGCUGCGGCAGCAGACCAGCACCCUCAAGCCCUUCAGGAAGAC